CCUUGGAGCCAGGCGGCGUCUGGGGAACUGCUGGCCUCCCGAGCCUGGCCGCUUUGGGCUCCGUCGGGAGCGGAGGAGGAGCGCCGCCGCGGGGCCACCAUUGAUUUCCUGCGGGUGGCCCGCAGCGACGGGCUGGGCGCAGCCGCCGCCGCCGUCGCGGGCAUGGCCAAGCCGGUGGACCACGUCAAGCGGCCGAUGAACGCCUUCAUGGUGUGGUCGCGGGCGCAGCGGCGCAAGAUGGCCCAGGAGAACCCCAAGAUGCACAACUCGGAGAUCUCCAAGCGCCUGGGCGCCGAGUGGAAGCUCCUCUCCGAGGCCGAGAAGCGGCCUUUCAUCGACGAGGCCAAGCGGCUGCGCGCCAUGCACAUGAAAGAGCACCCCGACUACAAGUACCGGCCCCGACGGAAGCCCAAGACCCUCCUCAAGAAGGACAAGUUCGCCUUCCCCGUCGGCCCCUACGGCCUCCCGGACCCCGCCGACCCCCACGCCCACCCGCUGGGCGCCCACCACGCCGCCGCCCUCAAAGCCGGCGCCCUCCACGCCGCCACCCCCGAGGCUUUGCUCGCCAACCCGGAGAAAGCUGCCGCCGCUGCUGCAGCCGCCGCCGCCCGCGUCUUCUUCCCGCCGUCGGCGGCCGCCGCGGCAGCAGCAGCCGCAGCGGCCGCGGCGGGGGGUCCCUACUCCUUGCUGGAUCUGGGCUCCAAGAUGGCCUCGGAGAUCUCCUCGGGAGGAGGGGGCGGCGGCGGCGGGGCGGGAGGGGGCUCUCCGGUAGGUCUGCCUUACGCCGCUUCCUCCCUGGUUUACCCGACGGCCGGCGGCGCCUUCCACGCAGCGGCUGCGGCGGCGGCCGCGGCGGCGGGCGGGGGUCACACUCACUCGCACCCCUCGCCCGGCAACCCGGGCUACAUGAUCCCCUGCAACUGCAGCGCCUGGCCCAGCCCGGGCCUCCAGCCUCCCUUGGCCUACAUCCUCCUGCCCGGCAUGGGCAAGCCCCAGCUGGACCCCUACCCCGCGGCCUACGCGGCGGCCCUAUGACCCCCAGCGCCGCCCUUGGGACUCCCCUUCCGGGGGGGCUCCGGGGGCAGCCGCCGCUUCCCACCGCUGGGACUCUAGACGGCUC